GCCACAAAACAAGUCACUCACAUACACACGUGGAGAGGCAGAAAGAGAGAGAGAGGAGAGGGACAAUCCACAGAAGCCCUCAGACGGCCACACAGCAACAAGACUUCACUGAAGAGCGGGAAACACGAAAGCAGUCGGGCAGGCAGGCAGGCAGGCCGGCAGGGAGGAAGGGACAGAGCAGAGGACUCAGCCGUGGUCUCAACAGACACACACUGGCCCAUCGUCACAUCCCUCCGCCCGACCUUGAGCCUUGAGGCGUCACACCAGCACCGAGCGCCGAUCGAUGACGUCACUCUCCAGGUCGAAUCGCUUCAGCACACUGAGCCACCGGGGCAUCGACACGGGAAAACGCUCAUCGAGGGAGGCGGACGCACCAGCAGCAGCCGACUCGGUCGUCCACAGCCCGAUUUUCCCCAACCCCACCCACAGAUAGACAGCGAUGGUGUCUGUGGGGCGGAAGCCGCUCACAAUCACAUGACGACAGUCGAUCGGAUCGGCUGUAUUGAGGUCCCUGCCGUCACGCCGGUAGUCGGCUGUGAUGCCUAGCUGCUCGGGAAUUUCGCCAGCUGUCACCAGCCUCUGGGAGCGGGGGUCGUGAUGGUCGGUGAAUGCCCGCAGCACCUCCUUCUCUCCCACUCCCUCGUGAUCAGACCACCACUUCAGAAGCAUCCACAUGAGGAAUGCCGUGAAGGAUGGGAAGAGCCAGGCCUCAUAGCGGAUGACGGGAUCGCUGUCCGUGUAUGUGCUGCGGUAGGGAUGAUCGGCCGGCAGCUCAUCCAACGGCACCACACGGAACACCUUAUUGCCGAUCCGAUAGGCACCGUUGGCAGCUCGCUGCAGCUCCAGGCUGGUCCCCCGGUGGCUGAGCAAGUGGCCGAAUGUGCUGUAGAUGGCUAUUGUGAGGGGCAGCUCAUCGAAUGCCGAAGUGGUGGGCAGCGAAUCGGCCGACAGCAUGAGGGGCCGCGUCGCAUUGGGGGUGAGCUGGUGGAUGAAGACCAGGGGGAUGAAGGCCUUGAUCAUCUUCCAGUGGCCGCUGCAUCGUUCCAGCACAUGGGCCGUCUUGAGGGCCCCCGCCACGUCCGGAAUGUCGAAGGCCAAGAGGUCAUGAAGAUCCUCGGGGUAAAUGGCCCGCUCGAUGCGCUGUUGCAGGACGGCCGGCAGGGUGACGCCUCUGGGGAUCUCUGUGGGCGGCUGCUUGUCGAUCUGUGUGACGAGUGCCGGCCGCCUGGAGGGGUCAUCGAGCAUGUGAGAGGCCUUCUUGAGUGAGAGGGCCCACAGAGAGGGAACAGAGUCAGACGCCAUGAGUGAGAUCUAGAAUGAACGACACAGAAUGGCAUGCAAACGGGAUGUGUGAGCGCCUCGUCUGCCUCCUUACGUGUGCUGGUGACGAUUCAACGGCCGUGCAGCGGCUGUCAAUGGGGAAGCGAUACAGUGGGGCAGGUGACAAAUCGAACCUGCCGCCUGCACACAUCCGUGUGAACAAAUGAACACACUCAAUCGGCGCGUGAGUGGUCUGUCGCUCACCCGACGUCGGUCAGUCAGUGAUGGCGUGUGAGUGGCGGUGCAGACGACGGGUACACACAACACGAGAUAUGCAGUCAAAAUCAAGAGACUGACAGACAGGCAGAUGAGGAGCAGAUUAAAGGCAUUUUCAUCAAUCAGGUGUUCGUG